GAUUAAUGUUCCUGCUUGAAUCUCUCAGACUUCUGCGAGUCAUUGGUAUUCGCCCUCUCCACACAUGUUGUCCUGUUUGUUGGUUGGUAUUAUAUAAGGGUUGAUUAUUCCCCUUGUUGGCAAGAGGUUUUUUUUCGAUUCAUUCUCUCAUUAUCAGAUGAUAUUUUGUAUUACUGGGUUUGAACUUUUUUUGUACUGCAUGUAAAUCUAUAUUCUUCGCACGGAUCUUCUCAAAAGAAAUAUGGCUCCUUGGUUUGGUAUGAGGGGAGGAUGGCUCACAUUCUGGGUCACGGUUGCUUGUGCAACAGAUAUGACUUUGUUCGGUUAUGAUCAAGGUGUUUUUGGUGGUGUCAUCGUCACUGAGGAUUUCCUCAACACUCUCAAUCUCAAUGGCAAAACCGCUUUGGUUGGAACAAUUACUGCUCUUUACGAUAUCGGUUGUUUCGUAGGAGCCAUCGCAGCCGUCAUCUUUGGUGAAAGACUCGGUCGUAAAAAGUCCAUUCUAUGGGGAACAAGCAUUAUGACCAUUGGCGCUAUCCUUCAAAUCGCAGCAUUCGAUGUACCCACGAUGAUCACGGGAAGAAUUAUAGCUGGUAUCGGUAAUGGUAUGAAUACAUCCACGGCACCUGUGUGGCAAUCCGAAACUUCGAAAGCUAGUCUUCGAGGUAAACUCGUCGUUAUCGAAAUGAUUCUCAACAUCGCUGGUUUCUCUCUCAGUAACUGGGUUACAUACGGAUUCUCUUUCCUUUCCGGUCCAGUCACUUGGAGAUUCCCACUCGCCUUCCAAUUGAUCUUCAUCAUUAUCCUGUUCGUCACUGUCCCCUGGCUUCCAGAAUCCCCACGUUGGUUGAUCGCCCACGGAAAGAUUGAUGAAGGUCGUCAAAUCAUUGCUGAUCUCGAAGAUCUCGAUAUCACAGACGAUCGUGUAAGUAGCGACGUGAAUGAUAUCAUCUACGCCGUUGAAUACGAAGAAGCACAUGGAGUUUCCUGGUUUGAUCUCCUCCGUGGCCGAACCGGAGAAGCUGGAACUUCAACUAUCCGUCGUCUCGUCCUAGGUUGUGGAACUCAAGCCAUGCAACAACUUAGUGGUAUCAACGUUACCUCUUACUAUCUUCCCACCGUCUUAAUUUCCUCCGUCGGUCUCUCCAACACACUUGCAAGACUUCUCGCCGCUUGCAAUAGUGUGUCUUACCUUGCCGCUUCGCUUCUCGCCAUCCCGAAUGUAGAGCGAUGGGGUAGAAGAAACCUCAUGAUUUAUGCAGCCGCUGGUCAAGCAAUCUGUUACCUGCUCAUUACUGUUCUACUCCGUUUCAACGAAUUAGAAGGCUAUGCUCAUCAAAAAGAAGUCGCUUCUGCCUCUGUCGCAUUUUUCUUCGUCUAUUACCUUUUUUUCGGUUUCGGUUGGCAAGGUGUUCCCUGGCUCUAUCCUACCGAGAUCAAUUCUCUCGCUAUGCGUACUAAAGGUGCUGCACUUGGAACUGCCACCAAUUGGAUCUUCAAUUUCAUGGUGGUGGAAAUUACGCCAAUUGGAAUUGAGUCUUUAAGAUGGAAAUUCUACAUCAUAUGGACGAUUUUCAAUGCCUCAUUUGUACCAAUUGUUUACUUUUUCUAUCCCGAGACAAGUGAUAGAACAUUGGAAGAUAUUGAUAGACUGUUUAGAGAAAAUGGAAGUAUAUUGGUAUUCAAGGAUGCAGAUGCGAUUAGUAGAAAGAGGCCUGCUAGAUAUUUCGAGGCAGAAAGAAUCGGCGCAGUGGAGUCGGAUGAGAGAAAGAGUUUGGGUAGUAGUGGGGACAAGAAGGAGAGUAAUAUUGGAGGGGCACUGGCUGAACACGAUGAGGUGGUUAGAUAUUAGGACAUGGGCGAGGAAAAAGAAGAGUGGAUCCUGUGAACAGAAGUUUGGAUUGGAGUUUCUUGGAUGUUUUUUAUAAACUUAUGCAUGCAUGAGUAUGGGAUGAAUAUGAGCAUGAGCAUGAGCAUGGAGUUUGGAUGGAUAAAUACCUGGAUGAGCAUUUUCCGGUGGGCCACUACUCUUAUCUUAAACAAUAUUCACGAAAUUAAAAGAAAUUAAAAGUUAAAUUUUACGUGUAGAAAAUGCAAUGCGCCAAAACACUGAACAGACAACUUGUGGAUGUCAAUUUUGAAAGCCUCGUCUCGCGUUCUCA